AUGAUCAGUUGGAUAUGGACUCGAGAAUCACAGAGCCAGAUCCAAGAUGUGAAGAACAAGUACAACAGUGACAUGGCAUCCAUUACCAGAGACCUGGAGCUGAAGUACAGGGAGACGCUGACGGAAAACCGGAGGACAGCAGCGCACCUGGAGGUGGAGCUUGAGAAGGAACGCCAGCGCGUGCAGGGCUACAAGAAAGCCCUGAUCUCUCAGAGUCAGCAGCUCAUGGAGGAACGGAAGCAGCUUCAGCAGGAACGACAAGAACAUCGUCUGGAGAUGGAGAAGAACCUGCUGCUAAAGGUGGCUAAAGACCCGGUGGGUGCCGAGCUGAACCUAGAGGAAGAUCUCAGGGACAUUUUUAAGAACGACAGACACUGUGCAGAUUUACUGAACAUGGAUAAGCGCAAGAAUGGGAAUUUGAUGUGGCUGUAUCUCAGGUACUGGCAGCUCCAGGUCACCCUGCAGAGACACAAGAGGGCAGAAGAGACGCUAAAAGGGGCAUCGCCAAACUCCAGCAGACCGUGAGGAGUGUAGAUCUCGAUAUAAAAAAAGAAUUGUCUUCCUUAAAAGUUUUCCUUUGCUUAUCCAAGGUUUUCCCAUGAUUUAUUUAUCAGCUAUUUAUGAUGCCAAACGUUUUUGUGAAACCACUUGAGCCCCGAGUCUUUGACAAUCAUAUCAGAACAUGACUGUAUAUUAGGGAUGCACGAUAUUA